AUGUUGAAGCGGACGGAGGAGAGCCUGAUACGCAUGCUUGCGGAGAGGAAGGUCGGCACAAACGUCUAUGGCGGUGCAGUCUCUCAGAGUGGAGAUGGGCGGCCUCUGAAAGAGAACGAGCAGAAUGUGAAGAAUCGGAUGCGAGAGGCGCGGUUCAACGGGCACACACAACAGUCGCAACAGGAGGCAGACGCGUGGAAAGAGCUAUCAGACUCGUACGAUUGUCAUAGGAAGUCGGACCAUGCGGAGAUGGAGAAGCGCAAGAGGCCCGUCUUCGUCACCCUCGCCAUCGUCCUACUCUCGAUCGGCGUGUUCUGCUUCUUCGAGGUCAUCGGCGCGGGCUCGGAAGCCAGCCCUGACGGUGUUCAGUGGCGUCGUCCCGGCGACGACGUCGACGCUAAGGCGAUCCCCGAUGGCGUCCUGUGGCGUCGCCCCGGCGACGACGUCGAUGCUGAGCCAAUCCCGGAUGGCGUGCAGUGCUGCCGCCCCCGCAAGGAGGACCCCAUCCCCGACGGUGUCCAGUGGCGCCGCCCUCGCGAGGACUCGGAGAGCGAGAAGCCCGACGGCGUUCAAUGGCGUCGCCCCGGAGACGACGUCGACGCUAAGGCGAUCCCCGAUGGCGUCCUGUGGCGCCGCCCCGGUGACGCCGUCGUCGCUGACCUGACAGGGACUUCACUUAGUUCGUUAAUCAACUCGCAUUUAUUAAUGCAUUUCACCGAUCAUCCCGCCCAUUAA